AUGGAGCCACACCGCCUGCCCAUGCUGAUGAGACUGGGAGAUGCUUCAUCACUUGCAACCAAUCGUGGCUUCCGUCGGGUCGCCCUUCUUGCCGGGGCCAGCCUGGCGCCCUUCGUGCUAUUCGCGCUUGGGUUCUCUUUCCCGAUUCGCUGCCUGGGCGACUGCUUGGCUCAAGAGUCCCUGCGCUGCCUGCUGAUGUCAUUGUGGUUCCCCACUGAGAUCGAGCUGAACCAUUAUGCGCUACGAAGCCGCGAGGAGUUCGUCCACCGCAGAGCCUCGAGGCUGCAUGCAGAUGGGCUUGAAGACAGCCAGUUGACAGCAGAAUUUGUGAAGCGGGAGGAGCGGGAGCAUAUGAGUUCUUGCCAGACUCCCGGUCGCCAGAUGCGCUUCCUGCCUGUCAUGGAUGCCUUCCGGAGCAUGACAUGGCCCGAGAGGCAGCGCCGUUUUCACACCUUCGAGUAUAAAGGCAGGAGCCACUUCAUCACAGCCGUUCUCGAGGUGAAUCUGGCGACCUCUGAGGAUGAGUAUCUGCUUGAGUGGAUCGAUUUUCAUUCAGCCGCAGGGAUGGACCACUUCGUCAUCUAUGAUGCCAAGAAUCUCACUUCCACUCGGCAGUUGGUGGAGCCCUACACUGCACGGGGCAUUGUGGAUCUAUGGCCUUGCCGCCCGACGGCCAGCGGCAGCUGCGUCCCAAUUGACGAGCUCGCGCCUGGAAAUAGGCUGCAGGAACGCGACUUUCGGAUGUUCGCAGUGACUAGCAUUGCCAGGCAGAAGUCAUCCUUCUGGAUCGCGCAGCUGGACCUGGAUGAGUUCAUGUUUCCACGUCGCAUAUCUUCAUUGAGGGACCUACUGUGGCCGGAGACACAGCCAGACGGGGUGCAGAUGUUCUUCGUCUGGCAGCUGAACCACGGCUCUGCAGGAUGGAUAACAAAGCCUCCAAUGCGACAGAUUGAGGCGUACACAAGGUGCUCGCAGCAGCGGGAUUGGAAUGGAAAGAGCAUUGCGCAGGCUGACAGCAUACAACUGACUGGCCCGAAGCGCUACACUGGGGAUCCGCAUCGCCUGGUCCCGGAAGAUUCGCAGGGAGUCAAAGCAGCCUGGCGAUGA